AUGAAAGACGAUGAUGACGUGGCAGCAAUGCAUGUAUCUUUUGUCAUGGCUGACGUGGAUUGUUUUCGUGGAGGCCAAUCUUGUAAUCUUAUCGUCUAUGCACCACGCUUAGUUUCUGAAAGGAAACGUCAAGAGGGUGGUCAAUCUAACUUGGAACGUUUGUUAGCUACUGAUUGGCUGAGACAAGCAUGGGAGACCUCCGAAGAAGAAUUUUUAUCAACUGCAGGCUUAGAUGCUUUUGUCUUCAUGCGCAUAUUUACUCGUCAUGUGUAUCUUGUACAGUCUGCUAACUUAUAUGGCAGACUGUCCAAUAGGCUGAAGUCUGGUUCAGAGUGUAAGUAUAUUUCAUCAAAAAGAAUUGCUUGUUUCUAUUCAUCCAAGCCUGAGCCUCAUCACUUCAGUAUAUUAGUAAGAGGUAUUCCUGUUCCAGUUGGAAGCACUUGUACCGAUGCUGUUAAGAACUUCUUCCAGGAGUAUCACCCUUCUACUUAUCAUUCACAUGCGGUUGUUCGUCGAAGCAGUAAAGUUCAAAUACUAAUUACUGAUGCAGAGAGACUGUACAAAAGGCUUACUCAACUGAAAAGUAAAGAUGAUGCUCCUCAACGGCAUAGGCGUGAUGGAUGUUUGGGACUUUUCGGACAUAAAGUUGAUAUGUUAGAUCACUAUGAAAAGACAUUGGGAAAUAUUGCAGAUAACGUGAGAAUAGAACAGUCUUCAGUGGCAGGAAAGGAAGUUCCAGCUGCCUUUGUCUCAUUUAAGUCAAGAUUUGGUGCUGCGAUAGCUUUAAAUAUUCAAGAAGGUGUCAACCCCACACACUGGAUUACUGAGCAAGCUCCAGAGCCUCAAGAUGUUUAUUGGCCUUUCUUUUCUGUCACAUUCAUUAGAAGAUGGAUCAGCAAGCUGGUGGCUUAUGUUGCCUGCAAUGUUCUUACCAUUCUAUUUCUGAUCCCAGUUGCUCUAGUACAAGGUCUUACCCAUCUUGAUCAAUUGGAAACCAUGUUCCCUUCUCUGAGAUGCAUACUGAGAAUGUAA